GCGGCUGCAGCAGCACAACCACAGCAUCAGCAUCUGAGCUGAGUGAGACGAGUGAGACACGAGACACUUGAGCAGCAUCAGCGUCGCUGGCACUGUCACUCCAAGCUCCAGCUUCAUCCCAUCCUGCUCUCUGCUGCCUGUCGUGACCGGCGCAUUGAAUUGAACUUACUUCGCGAGUAUCAUGGCAUCCUCAGGAAAGUUGGCUCUUUUGAGCGUCUCUGACAAGAAGGGCCUGAUUGAACUGGCGAAGGAGCUGCAUGGUCUGGGACUUACCUUGGUUGCAUCCGGAGGCACUGCCACUGCUGUCCGUAAUGCUGGUCUUCCCGUCAAGGAUGUUUCUGACAUCACUGGCGCCCCAGAGAUGUUGGGAGGCAGAGUCAAGACCCUGCACCCAGCUGUCCAUGCGGGUAUUCUGUCUCGCCUUACUGACAGUGACAAGGCUGACAUGUCGAAGCAGAAUUAUGACAUGAUCCGUGUUGUUGUCUGCAACUUGUACCCAUUUGUGGACACAGUCUCGAAGCCUGAUGUUACUAUUGCCGAUGCUGUUGAAAACAUUGACAUUGGUGGUGUAACGCUUCUGCGAGCUGCUGCCAAGAACCAUGAUCGUGUCACCAUCAUCUGCGACCCCAAUGACUACAACAAAGUUGUCAAUGAAAUGAAGAAUUCACCUGAUAAGGAUACCACCAAGGCCACUAGGCAAACACUUGCUUUGAAGGCCUUUACUCAUACUUCAGAGUACGAUUUGGCAAUUACUGAUUAUUUCCGUAAACAGUACUCUGGCGGAGUUUCUCAAAUGACUCUGCGUUACGGAAUGAACCCUCACCAGAAACCAGCCCAGCUCUACACGACGCUUGCUGAAUUACCUCUGAAAGUUGUGAAUGGCUCACCUGGUUUUAUCAACCUUUGUGACGCUCUGAAUGGAUGGCAGUUGGUGAAGGAGCUGAAGACUGCUCUUGGCCUUCCUGCAGCCACUUCCUUCAAACAUGUCAGCCCAGCCGGUGCCGCUGUUGGAACUCCCCUCUCUGCAGAGCAGGCUAAGCUUUGCAUGGUUGAUGACCUGACUGGUCAACUUACACCUCUUGCGAAUGCUUAUGCUCGUGCACGAGGUGCUGAUAGAAUGUCUUCUUUUGGUGACUUCAUUGCCCUCUCCGACGUCUGCGAUGCUGUUACGGCAAGAAUUAUUUCCAGGGAAGUUUCUGAUGGUAUUAUUGCUCCCGGAUACUCAGCUGAAGCCCUGGAAAUCUUGAAGAAGAAGAAGAAUGGUGGUUAUUGUGUUCUAUCCAUCGACCCCAACUUUGAGCCUCAACCCAUGGAAAGAAGAAUUCUCUUUGGUCUGACCAUGGAGCAGAUGAGGAACAAUGUUAAGAUUGACGGCAGCCUUUUCAAGAACAUUGUCUCCAAGAACAAGGAUCUCCCAGAGUCAGCUAUCAGGGAUCUUAUUGUUGCCACCAUCACUCUGAAGUACACGCAGAGCAACUCUGUCUGCUAUGCCCGUGAUGGCCAAGUUGUUGGCAUUGGUGCUGGCCAGCAGAGCCGCAUUCACUGCACUCGUCUUGCCGGCGACAAGGCAGACAACUGGUGGCUGCGUCAGCACCCCACCGUCCUCAAGAUGGCCUUCAAGAAGGGAGUCAAGCGUGCAGAGAUCUCCAAUGCUAUUGACAACUUUGUCAAUGGAUCUGUUGGAAAGGACAUGGACCGUGCCUUGUUUGAAUCUCAAUUUGAGACUGUUCCUGCUGAGCUUACCCCAGCAGAACGCUCUGCUUGGGCGAAGAAGUUAAAUGGUGUGGCCCUUGCAUCUGAUGCAUUCUUCCCCUUCCGUGACAACGUGGACAGAGCUCGUCUGAGUGGAGUGUCAUACAUUGGCAGUCCUGCCGGUUCCAACAACGACGAGGAAGUGACCAAGGCUUGUGACGAACAUGGUAUUGUCCUCUGCCACACCAACCUGAGACUUUUCCACCACUAAUGUAAUUUAUCUGAAUUUUAUGGCCCCCAUUCUGAUGAACUAGUUCUUAUUCAAUUGUGAUACGGAUCUGUAUUCAAAGUUUUACUCAUUCUGUUAUGAAAUCUGUUAUGAAAUCAUUUUUAAGCAUGUGUACCUGAUGUUUUGUUGUGCCAUUUCAUUUUUAUACUGCAUUAUUAAAUCACCCUUUUUUAUAUAAA